AUGACUCAAUCAAUUUCAAACAUGCAUAGAGAAGAAAUUACUGUUACACCUUUGGAAGGUAAAGCUUUAGGUUGUACUGUUACGUUACCUGACUACGCCAAUAAUGAUCCAGCCAACUUGAAUGAAGAUGAUUUCACCACAUUGAAGGCUGCUGUUCAAACUCAUUUGGUUGUUGUUAUUCCUGGUCAAAAGGAGUUAUUACCCAAGUCUCAAUAUUUGUUAACCAAAAGAUUUGAUCCCAGUAUUCCUGAACCAAAGGCUGAUGGUGGUUUAGGCGGAUAUGGUCAUGGUAAGGAGUUUAGACAUGAACAAUCAGUUCUUAGAAAGGAUGGUACUUCUGUCAAAUCUCAACCCCAGGUUCAAAUCUUGGGUCAAGGGGUCUUUGAAGCUGAUGAACCCGGUAAUGAAAAUGGUGAGACCAUUUCUUUAACUCAUCCAUCGCAUACAACAUUCCAUAAGGAUGUGUUGAGUGAGGAAGAGAUUAAGGUACAAAAUAAAACCAGAUUCUAUAGAUGGCACAUUGACUCUGCCUUAUAUGGAUUGUCCCCCCCAAUGGUCACCACGUUGUUGGGUAUUAGAGUGCCACCUAGUACUAGUACUCAAACCAUUGAUUAUAAUGAUGGUAGUGGUGACCAAUUGGAAUUGACCAGAGGUGCAACCUGUUUUGUUAGUGGUGCGAAGGCAUUUGAAUUAUUGCUGGAUGAAGAUAAGCAAUUUGCCUUGAACACUACUGUUGAAUAUGCUCCACAUCCUUAUAUCUUUAUUGGACCUGCUAAGGCUACUUCUGAUGGGUUAACUAUGGUCACUGAGGGGAAAGAAACCCCCUUUGAUCAAUUACCUGAAUGGGAAGAAUCCAAAGUCAAAAAGUUACCAAUGGUUUGGACAAACCCAACUACUAAGGAACCUCAUUUACAAGUUCAUGGAUGUUGUUUAUAUAAAUUACACACCAAGCAACCUGAUGGAUCUGUUAAAACUUUAGACUUGAAGGAAUCAAGAGAAAAGGUUCAUUCGCUAAUGAGACCUGCUAUUUCUCCACAACAUGUUUUAGCUCAUGGCUGGCAAGAAGGAGACUUGGUUAUUUUCUUCAAUAGAGGGGUUUGGCAUUCAGUUACAGGAGAGUUUAAAGGUGUAGGAGCUGGUAACAAAGAUGAAAGAAGAUUAAUGCAUCAAUGCAACAUUGCCAGUGGACUUGAUCCAGUCAAUGUCUCUGCCUGA